UCAAGGGACCAAUAUUGCAAAACAAAACCAUUUCCAUCUAAUUUUUAUUGCAAAUUCAUUUCUUUUUUGCUUUUUUUCUUUAGCUUUAGCUUCUUCAGGGAGCCAUGCAAAGAUUGCCCUCCACAGCCAAUAACUUGUCUCGUAAAAUCUUGCACCACCACCACCUUCUUCACAGCCGAGUACCAGCCAUUAGACCACCACCCUGUGAUGUUUUUAUUAAUCAUCGAGGAAUCGAUACCAAAAGAACCAUUGCUGGAUUGCUCUUUGACCAUCUUUCAAGACUCGGCCUUAACCCUUUCUUGGAUAACAAGAACAUGAAGCCUGGUGAUAGGUUAUUUGACAAGAUUGAUUCAGCGAUCGGCGAGUGCAAGCUAGGUGUUGCUGUUCUCUCCCCUCGUUAUGCCGAUUCUUAUUUUUGCCUCCACGAGUUGGCUUUGAUAAUGGAGACCAAGAAAAGAAUUAUUCCCAUUUUUUGCGACAUUAAACCUUCUGAGCUUCGCAUUAAGGACAAUGGAACCUGCCCUUCCCAGGAGCUUCAAAGAUUUACAGAUGCUCUUGAAGAGGCAAAGUACACAGUGGGACUUACAUUUGAUUCGCAUAAAGGGAACUGGUCGGAAUUCUUGUCGAAGGCGACCGAUGCAAUUGUAAAAAACUUGAUUGAACUGAAUGGAGAAGGAAAUCGCAUGAAUCGUAAUUAUUUUGUGCAGAAUUACUGAAUAAAGAUGAGAAGCUUGCCUUUUUCCAAAGCAAUAACAGACAAACACACCGAUCUUCAUGAAUAAGGAUCAGUGCAGUUUCCAUUUUUUAAUUAUUUUUUUCCAAAUGAUGACCAAUUCGUUGAUUCAAAGGAUUCUUUUUUUUUUUUUAUUAUUAUUAUUAUAUAUGCAGGAUCAUGCAUGCAGAAAAGGAUGCAGUGGAUAACACAUGCAUGCUGAUUACCGAUUAAUUAAAAAAUAGUGAAGUUUUUGUAACAGGAUUAUUUGAAGGCUCUUCAAUAAACUGUAAAUUGCCUUCUUCUCAUCAUGUAAUAAAUGUUCUGUACUUGAUUCAAUAAAAGGUGCACUGAUAA